CUGUCUCUUCCAGCCGGGAUGUCUGUGAAAAGUGCAAAGGGAGGUCCAGAAGGUAGACCAUCAUCUGCUGCCAGCAUGUCUCCGCGAGGGGGGAGGGGUGCAGCGGCAGGCAGAUCACCUGCUCCAGGGAGAUUCAAAAACAAGGCCCUUCAGCUCAGCCUCUCCAAGAAAUUUUGCUCACAGUCACAAUCCCCCUCGGCCCAAGGGAAGCACUCUGGUGAGGGGGAGGUUCGUCGGCGCAGUAAAAGGAGCCUCAGCAACAGCUCAGCAGUCGCCGCUGCCUACAUCUCUUACCUCAAUAAACUCUUUGGACAGGAGAGAGAGCUGAUGCCAGAGGAGUUGGAUGAGCUGCAGGAGGCCUUUAAGGAAUUUGACUAUGAUGCGGAUGGCUUCAUCCAUUACAAAGAUAUCGCCGACUGCAUGAGGACCAUGGGCUACAUGCCUACAGAGAUGGAGCUCAUCGAGAUCAUCCAGCAAAUCAAAAUGAAAUGGGGUGGUCACGUAGACUUUGAUGAUUUCUGCGAGCUAAUGGGGCCGAGGAUGCUGGCUGAGACGGCUCAUAUGGUUGGGCUGAAGGAGCUCCGCUGUGCCUUCAAACAGUUUGACUGCGAUGGUGAUGGAAAGAUCACGUUUGAUGAGCUGAAGGAGGGCAUGAAGACCCUCCUCGGGGAGAAGCUGAAGAAAGGCGAGCUGGAGGAGAUCCUCGGCGACAUUGACCUCAACAAAGACGGCAACAUUGACUUUGAUGAGUUUGUUAUGAUGCUUUCUGCACGAUGACCUCUGAUGGAAUAAGAUGGAGCGAACAACGCUGGAUUCAUGAGCUGUGUACCAAUUUGUGACGACUGUCUCCUCCUCGCUAUUGUAUUUCUUUUUCUGUGGAAUUAUGCAUUUGAAAUGUCUGCCUGUUAAAAAAAAAAACAAUGCAUAAUAGAGUAAAAGAGAUCUGUUUAUAUUUUCAUAAUAAAAGUUGAGUUUGAGCAAGUGCAGAGGGUAAAGGGUGAGUUAUGAAACACUUAAAUGUAUGUAACAAUAAUGCUGCGCUGUUGCCUCCUUGUGGCU